AUGUUGCCUAGUAGGGGACUCUUGAAGUCAGGCUCAGCUCCGAUUCUACGGAAUGGCUGGUGUGCGCGGACACAGUGCGCUCGACCUCUUCAACUUCCCAUACGACAUUUCUCUCAGAAGCCGUCGCCGUCUAGUGUUGUAUUAAAUCGAUUACGCUGCGCAUCCUCUACUAUACCGGCGUCAUUAUUUAAUUCUCGCGCCACUGUAGCGACUACUAUCACUGCAUCUAGUGUCUUCGCCCAGCGUUCUGGAGCUUCGCGAAACCUAUCGCUCUGGCCAUUCUCUUCGAAACCAAAGCCUCCCACCGACGCCCAGACUCCUUUUGAAACCUCCACAGAGCCAUCAACGCUUGCUUCCCAAUAUGAAGCCCCAUCGAACAGUUUGCUUGAAAGUCAUGCCGCCAGUACCUCUUCAUCUCCAGCGUCUUCAUAUACUUCGCCAUCGACCCCGGCAGAUUCCCCCGCCUUAGAUUCGGUCCCGCAAUUCGGAGAUGCUUUUGACGGUCUAGACAUGGAAUCUGUCCUUGAUAUUCCUGAGCAAAUAGGCUACCUCAAAAGUCUUGGUCUGGACUUCGGAUGGGGGCCAACUAGCUGCUGUCAAUGGGUUCUUGAGCAUAUAUACAUAUACUCCGGUAUGCCUUGGUGGGCAACCCUUGCUACUGUCGCUAUUUUAUGGCGUGCUGCCAUGUUCUUCCCCACCCUCACUUCCAGCAAGCACGCUGCGCUAGUGCAACAGGUCAGUACGAGUCCCGCCUAUAUCCAAGCGAAGGCGGAGAUGGAUGAGGCCAUGUGGCGAACCGGCGAUCGCGUUGCCCAGAUGCGUGCACGUGAAAAGAUUAUGAGAUUGAAAAAGGAGACUGGCGCUAGUAUGAUGAAGUCUCUCGUGGCAGUUUGGACGGUUCCUUUCAGUUAUGGCAUGUUUCGAAUAUUCCGCGCCAUGGCCGCCAUACCCGUACCUAGCUUAGAGACGGGAGGUUUUGCCUGGUUUACCGACCUUACUGUCCAUGACCCUUAUUUCAUUCUACCUAUAUCAUCUCUAGCUCUCGCUGCUCUCAUGUUCAAGCAAACGCAAGCCACCCAACUAGUACGUAGCCCUAUGGCCGAUCAGAUGGCUUGGGUAAUGAAAUGGGUCCUCCCCCCUAUGAUGUUUCUAUGUACCGCAUGGCUUCCGGCCGGUAUCCAAUGGUUUUUCCUACUACUCACUGCCGGCACUGUCGUGCAGACAUCAGCAACUCUCAACCCAGGCAUCCGUCGCUGGGCCGGCCUCCCCCCUCUUCCCAUUAGGGGCCUCGGACCAACUGGUGCUGCUGGUGCGACUGGUCCUAUCUGGCAAGCACCAACGCCCUCGAAGCCUGCACCCAGUUCCGAAGGUAUAGCCUCGUUGCCAAAGAGCCUUCUUGGCGUUGACAAGCAGAAAGAGGAGUGGAAGAAGGCGCAGGCGUAUGAGGAGCGAAGAGCUAUGGAAGAGAAGGAAAAGGAGUACCGAAGGAUGGAGGAGCUGCGACGAAGACGUUCCGGGAGGAGAUCAUGA